AUGCGAACGUCUCGGGCAUCCAAGCAGACUGAGAAAGUCUUGCAGGCGCUCUCGCCCCCUGCGCGCCGGCAAACGCGCAGUUCCAAUCUACGCAGGUUUGCAUAUAACGGGAGCUCUAAUGGCGAUGUUGAACCUAAGUUACCUGCAAGUGAUGAUGAAACAUCAUCUCUCUCGUCUCUCGACACUGUCGAUAUUGAAGAUAUAAUGGAGCCCCCGGCAAAACGGCGGAAACGCAAAGUAGACCCUGCACCACCGCGGAAAAUCAAUUCUCGAGCUUCAACAAGGGUUCCUGAGAAGACGAUUGAAAAAGCUCCCAAGACUGAGCCUGUAGCACAGAAAACACGCCGCACCCCUGCACGAAGAAUCAAAGAAGAGGAUGGUUCAUUCAAAGUAGAGCCACCCUCUAAUUGGGACACGAUAUACGCCACUGUCAAAAAGAUGCGCGAGGCUAACCCGACUGCACCGGUGGAUACCAUGGGAUGUGCCGAGCUGUACUGGCGAGCAUCAUCUCCCCGAGACCGACGGUUUCAGACUCUCGUUGCGCUGAUGCUGUCUUCCCAAACGAAGGACACCGUCACGGCUGUGGCGAUGCAGCGAUUGCACACUGAACUUGGGGAUGGCAAAGCUCCUCUGAUAGAUACUGGUGUAAUCAAAGAAGAGCCAGACGAGGACACGUUCAAGUUGGAAAGGCCUCUCAGAGACAGUACUUUGAAUCUUGAGAAUAUUUUGGCUGUUUCCCCCGAGCAGCUGAACGAAUUGAUCGGUAAAGUGGGCUUCCAUAACAACAAGACCAAGUAUAUCAAGGCCGCAGCUGUCAUUCUUCGUGAUCAGUACGAAGGAGAUAUUCCAUCCACUGCCGAAGAGCUGAUGAAGCUCCCCGGAGUAGGCCCGAAGAUGGCAUAUCUCUGUAUGAGCGCUGCUUGGGGAAAGCAUGAGGGUAUUGGGGUUGACGUCCACGUCCAUCGUAUCACGAACCUCUGGGGCUGGAACAAGACGAAAACACCUGAGGAGACCCGCAAGGCGCUGGAAUCAUGGCUGCCAAAGGAUAAAUGGCAUGAAAUCAACAAGCUGCUUGUCGGGCUUGGACAGACGGUCUGCUUACCAGUAGGCAGGAAAUGCGGGGAUUGUGACCUCGCGGGGACGAAACUAUGCAAAAGCGAGAUCAGAGGCCUUGUAUCUAGCAGGAAGGUCAGUGCUAAGGAGGAGAGUGUUGAAGGCGGAGUGGAAGUAAAAAUUGAGGGGGAGCCCGGAAUGGAUACCUUGGACCCCGAUGAACAGGCCUUUUGGCAAUUAUACAAUGAAUUGAACCCUCCCCCUUCUUCUAUGGAGAGCCUCAGCGGGACGGAAUCCCCGUCAAGCGAUGCAGGUUCUUUGUUUGCCCCUUCUGACAUGGAGGUCGCCAUGGGCCUCUCACUCCAGCCGGGUGCAUCGUUUCUUAGUUUGCCAGAAACUGUCAAGAUCAAGAUUCUGCAGUAUGCUGGACUACUACGCCCUUGUCUGAUUGACAUAACUAGCGAGUGUGUUCGCUGGAACCCCACGCUUCAACCGUUGUGUACUCGCAGCUCCAUGCGUGAGACUAAGGGAUCAUGGACUGCCUUUGUUGACAAAGGCUGUACUCACCCCCGGCUGCCCACUGCAUUGUUCCAGACCUCUCGUGCUGUGCGCGAUGAAAUUGGUUCUAUGUUUUUUGGCCUCAACAGAUUCAGCGCUACUCUCUACAAGAGGGCAGACUUUUGCAAAUUCCGUGAAGGGACACUUUGGGGUAUGGAGCACUUGAAAUAUCUACAUAUUGACCUGGGUCCUAGUGACAGGCGCUUUCUCAAGCUGUAUGGGGGGAUCCAUCGCACAAUCCUGAAAAUGUGGCUUGCUUUUUGUGACUUGGCUGCAGCGAGGAUGCCUUCUCUCACGUACUUCAGCCUGAAGUGCAGGGUCAAAGAUUUGGAGGUUGCACACAAAUUGAUGUGCGCGAUGGAUCAUUUUCCUUCUUUGGCGCAAUGUGCUAUUCAUUUCAAUCAGUACCAGGAGAACGACAUUCGAGCCGUGAUCAAGCGAUCCUGCUGGAGGCUGACCAACAACCUUGGCGAUAGAGCUCCGUUUGGAUUUCUGCGCCUUCCAAAAGAGGUGCAACUUCUUAUACUAGAACAACUUCUAAUCAACCGCCCUGAUCCGUAUAUCAUGGCUUCUGAGUGUCCAAAAGGCCUCGUGACGUUGCAAGACCGCAGACGCCAACGACCGACCAUUUAUCCCCUCACGUGUUGCGGUACUUGCUCACCCUUGCGAGCUAUGUGCUUCUGCUACGCUCGCCAAACAGCGUUCUCCACCACCUGUUCUUGUUUCUCCUCGCCAACGCCCUAUUUCCUAGUCAGCCGAGGAUUCUAUGAGGAUGCCCGUCGUGUCUUUUUCUCGAAGAACAACUUUGCAUUCACGGAUGAAGACCCUGAGCUCAUAAUGAGACUUCUGCACAAUAUGCCUACAUCGUCCUCCAUGCAGAUCAGGCACCUGACGUUCAAGUUUCCUUUGACCUUUCGAAGCCCUGCCAGGACUGCUCACAGGGUGGAGGAUGCAGCAUUGUUGUCUUGGUCAGUGUUGCGCCGCUUCAUCCGUGAACACUUUGAUAUCCCUCGCCUGUCGCUCACAAUCAUCGACCUUGGCACGAAGAACUAUGGCAAUGGGGCAACCCCAGGUAGGAACAAAUACCUACGCAAACUCCUCAGAGCAUUUGCGGACCUACGUGGCCUCCGAGACUUUUGUGUGUAUUUGGCGGAUGAGCGUUCAUAUGAAAGAGACGCGGAACGUGCUGUGCUGGGUUUUGCGUGUCAUGGAAGAUCCAAACCCAGCCACAUGCCGUUUAUUGGCCAAAAACAUCUGAACACAUAA